AUGGGGGAGGAAAACCCUCUUUUGCCUCAGCUCUGGCUCUUUGCUCCUGCUGCUGCUCCAGAGCUUCACCAGCUACACAGGAAACCUCCUGAGCCAGCGAGCAGUGCCCAUGGCACAGGACCUGGGCCCCUGCAUGUCUGCAGGGCUGACAGCCAGGAGGUACUGGAGCAGCAUGCUGAAACUGGGGGCUUCCUACCAGCAGCUCCUGGCUCAGAAGAAGGAUGGGAUCCCCGUGCUGCCAGCCACCCCCCAGGUCGGGAAAGUGGCUGUGGAGCAGCCCCCGAUGCUUCGGGCAGCACCGUGUCCAGGGCUGCUGAGAGCAGCUCCGGUGUCCCCAGGCAGGCAGCUGGGUGCUCUGCAGGACCCUGUGACACCUGCAGCACCACCCAUGCCACCCUCCUGCAGGUUGGCAAAGCCAUCAGCAGCCUCUGCCAGAGCCAGAACAUCCCCUCGGCUCUCGGCAGGUUCCAGGAGACGCUGGAGGAGAGCCCGGGGAGGAAUUUAUCCCCGGGGGAUCUGAGCUCCUGGGCUGCAGAGCAGAGCAAGGACCUUUCCCGGCUCGGUGAACACCUCCGGGGGCUGCUGCAGGAGCUCAGCCCCCUGAAAUCUGAGCUGGAAGAAGCAGAGAAAGAGAGGGAGGAGCUGAGGAAACAGGUUGAGGAUUUCUCCCGCUUGCUUCGGGUGGAGAAGGAGAGCCAAGCGCAGCAGAAAAAGGAGGCUGAGAAGCACCUGGAAGCAAAGCAGAAGGAAUAUUCAGAGGCUGUAGCCAGGCUGGAGCAGGACAAGCAGGACCUGCGGAGGGGAGCUGCUCUGCUGGAGGAAAGGCUCUGCACCUUGAAGGAGGAGCUGACUGCCAAGCAAGCUGCUCUGCAGGACCUGGAAGUGACCAAGACAACCUUGCUGGAGGAGAUGAGGACCAAAAUGGUAGCCAGGAGCCAGGUGCUGGAGCUGGAGGAGAAGGUCCAACUGCUCAGCAGCCAGAGGGAGAGCCUGGAUGAGGAGCUCAGAACCAUCACUACCCAACUGGAGAAGGAGAAGGCCAAGGGGGAGAGCAUGCUGAGGCACCAGGAGUCCCUGCAGGCCAAGCAAAGGACACUGCUCCAGGAGCUGGACAGCUUGGACCAGGAACGUGAGGAGCUGCAGAAGAGGCUGGGGGAGGCUGAGGAGGACAAGGCCAGGCUGGAGGAGCAGCUGGAGCAGGACCGGGAGGGGAGCAGGCAGAGGCUGCGGGUGCAGGAGGAGCUGCUGGAGACGCUGCGGGGGGAGAAGCUGAGCCUGGAGCAAAGAGUCACAGAGCUGCAGACCAAGGUGACCAAGCUGGAGGAGCAGGAGCAGGAGCUGAAGGAGAGAGAGAGGCUCCUGGUGUUCUUCCCUGAGCUCCACAUCCCUGCUGAGACACAGUUUGAGAGCACCGGGAGCUUGACAGAGGACAUGGAAAAGCAGCUCCAGGCCAACAGCAUCCGGAUGGAUGUGCUGGAGCAGGAGAACGCGCGGCUCCGGGCAGCGUUGGCCAAGGUUAAGUUGGCAGCUGAGCAGGGGGUGCUGAAGCUCAUCCCCCAGCCCCAGCUGUGGUCUCAGCCCAGCACCCAGUGCAGCGAGGAGACUGAGGCUCCCACCACCCACAGGUGGCCCAGCAGCCGAGACAGCAGCGUGGGGACACAGGGACAUGCAGGGGACACGGAGCAGCGCUGGAAACCUCUCUCAGCAGACCCCGCGGGCAAGGGCAGAUCCUGCCUCUCACUGCCUGCCAAAUGCUUGGUGCUCAGCCCCCCCAAACCAAGUGGGAGAGGCAGAGUGAGGCCCCCCCACCCUAAAUAAA